AUGAUGCAGUAUAGUACUGAAGUACGUUCAUGUUGGUUAUUUGUGUUCCAGACUCAACGUCACGAAGAGGAGAAGAGAUCUCUGAGUCGAGAGAUCGUCACGCUGAAAAACCACCUGAUGGAGGACAAGAUCACCAUCCAGAAGCUGCGAGAGGAUAACGAUCUGUAUAGGAAAGACUGUAAUCUGGCGGCUCGACUGCUCCAGUGUGGAAAAUCUCCUUACAGAGCGCACAAACUCUCCGAGCUUCCCGCUGAUCUUCAGGAGCGAGUGAGCUCCCACAUGCAGCGGCAGGGUCAAGGCUGGAGCGCAGCGCUGCAUCACUCCUACUCAGACGCCGUUCCCACCGCCGUCAUCGGCUGGGUCCUGGAGAAACCUAAGCCUGGGAGAAGCUGUCCGGUCACACGCUCGCCAAGCCCGCAAGCCCCAGAAUUCCCAUCCGGCACGGACAACAAAGUCCAGCGGCACACGGCGUAUAAGUCGUCUGACCUGUACUGCAGCGACACGGCGCUGUACUGUCCCACCGAUGAGCAGCUGCGUGACCGCUGGACGGAGAGACGGCAGAGCGCGGACCAGAGCGGACGGAUCCGAGGACACACGUCCACCGACAGCAACCUGGACGACGAGAGCUUCCCUCUGCAUGAAGACCCUUUCUGUGGGUUUUCCUCCAGCUGCAGCACAGCCUCGGAUGAGAAGCUUCACAGUUCGUCUUUGUGCACAAACUGGUAUGAUGGAGACUAUGAGCGCAAGAACUUAUCCUCAUAUGGAAAGGAACGUCCAGGUUUUCCCAAGUCAAGCAGCUCCCAGCAUAUGGGCUCACAGAACGGCCGAUCCGGAGACAGACGCGUCCUCGUCCCUGCAGACCCGACGGAUGGCUGGCGGCAGAUGAGCAUCGAGGACAUCAGCAGCUUCUCGCCCUUCAGUUUCCCAGAGCGCCACUUCACGGCCGGUCCAGCCAAGAUCAAACCAGGUCCUCUUUACAGCAGCUUCCAGGAGGAAGACAACGUCUUCCGCAGGCGCGUGCCAGAUCCACGAUUCCCUGCGUCGGCGGGAUCGAGUCCUGCGCUGAACCCGAAGAUGAGUCUGAAUGCGUUGAAGGCCGAGAGAGGACUGAUGUUUGGCUCAAAAGGUUCGACAAGCAGCUUUUUCAUGACUGGAAACGCCAAAGACAAGGAGAACGUGACUAAAGACACUUUACAGAGUCCCGGCAGUUCAGCGGAGUCACUAAACCACGAUCUGGACGUCCAGAAAUACAAAGAUCUUAAAAACCCCGGAGCUCAGAAGAUGAUGCAACAGCAUCAAAAGUUUGGAAACGCUGGACUCAGUCGCAAAAACAGUCUGACUAAAGCUCAGCUUUAUGGAACGCUGCUUAACUAA